GACAAACACAAGGAUGUCAGAGAAAGUAUUGCUUGUCCAUAAAUUUGAAACAGGCGUUAAUUUUAAAUCGUUGCAAGUUAGGAUAACUGAGGAUUGUGAUAAUAAUGAGUGUGCCGCCAGCUUCGGUGAGUGGCGAGACGGGACCGCGCCGCACAAGAGAGAAGCCGAGAAGUCUUCGCGACUCGUCGUCAAAAUUGCAUUGGGUAAUGAACAAUCAAAUUUCAACCUCGAUGCUUGCGCACAAGAAAUUAAUACCACUCAAUUUAAAAGCCUCUUGUGGACGAAUUCCAGAUUGCCUAAACAUGCUCCUAAAAAGAGAAACUUAAAUUGUAAUAAAUCUAUUAAAGGGCAUCCAAUUUUAGAAAGGAACAAAUGCUUUCCCCAUCCACUGAAGCAACAACUUCUAACUAACACACUGAAUGAAGCAGAAAAGCCGACUGAGGACAUGACACCCCUCGACUACAGCUUGGAAAAAGUAAAAGAAAACAAUGCCCGAAUCUUGGAAAACAUCCAACUGUUGAACAGGUCAUUUAGCUACGCGAAAGAAAAGGAAUCUGAAAGCUUUUCCGCGGACAGACGGACAUCUUUUUCUUGCAAAGUGUGUGGGAAAUGCUUCGUGUACGAGACUGGGCUGAAGCGGCACUAUUCUGUGACACACGCGAUGCUGGAGCCGCAGCCGCGCUGGCAGGUCGUGUGGACGUGCGUCGAGUGCUACCAGGUGUGGCCGCAGCAGCAACUAGCAUUCAAGCACACCGUACAAUGCUGCCAAUCCGAGAGCACAGAUUGCAUUCAAGAGAUAAAAACAUCUUCGUUACUGCAAUGCGAGUUUUGCGAGAAAGUUUACACAUGCAUCCCUCGACUACUGAAACAUAGUAAGCUUCAUGUAACUGCGAGGAACUAUGAGUGCAAUGUUUGUGAUAUGUUUUUUCUGUCUUACAAAGCAGCAGAGCUGCAUUUCUUAGUCUGUCCUUGGCUGAAGCAUUGUUACAAAUUCUCUCUUCCCAAACUAUUACUUUGCAAUGCAUGUGACAGAAAAUUCAGAAACUAUGAACAGCUUUACAAUCAUAGGUAUAAAGUUGGCCAUUUCACUACAAAAACCCAAACCAAUCAGGCCAUGUCUAUAAUCCACUUGGUAUAUCAGUGCGAGGCUUGUAGCCAAUGCUUCCGAUCUACAACAAGUCUCCAAGAUCACAGGAACCAGUUCCAUCCCAGAUAUGAAGUGAUAACUCAGUUCCAAGAUAACAAGGAUAGCAGCAGUGUUUGUGUGGAAAUUGAAAACUAGGAACUGAAAUGUUAUUUCUAUGAUCCAUACUUAUUAUGUAAAUAAAGUAUCAUACUAUUUUAA